UGUUUGGUGUUUGUGUGGGAAGCAUGAAAGCCACGCUUCCACAUCAUUUUUGAUCUACAACAAACACAACAGCCAAUAACACAACUAUUUUUCUUCUCUUAUCUUCUCGUCUCUUUUCUGUACAGUACUAGCUAGUGUUGAAACACACAAAAAUGGCAGCCCUGCAUGUACCCACCAGCCUUCAAGCCUCAAACUCAGCAUCACUACCCUCAAUUCUAGCUCCCAUUAACACCAAUGCUGGCCUGAGACCUCCAUCUGAUCGUUUUGCUUUGAAAUCUUGUUUCUUUGCUCCGGCACUUCAUCUCUUGCUUCCUUCAAACCAACGCCACACUCUUGCUUCUGCUCCAAGAUUCUCCAUGCGUGCUGCUUCCAAGCAAGCUUACAUUUGUCGCGAUUGCGGGUACAUUUACAAUGACAGGACUCCAUUUGAGAAGUUGCCUGACAAAUACUUCUGUCCUGUUUGUGGUGCUCCGAAAAGGAGAUUCAAGACAUAUGCACCUCCUGUCACCAAAAACGAUAAUCAAACAGAUGUUAGAAAAGCACGUAAAGCGGAACUCCAGAGAGACGAAGCAGUCGGGCGAGCAUUGCCGAUUGCGAUUGCGGUAGGAGUUGUAGCUCUUGCUGCUUUAUACUUCUACCUAAAUAGCUCCUUCCAAGGUUGAAACAGAACAACUCCACCGGCCAAAUAUGCUUGUAGAGUAGUGUUUUGUCAGUGUUUUGAGUUCACAGAACAGAAACAGAGCAUUUCCUGUAUUUUUAUCUAAUUCGUUUGAUAGUAUGAUUCAUCAAUUUUGAUGCAUUGGUGAUGUUGUAAACUUAUUCCUGCCUGCAAGAGUAUGAAUGCAUCUACUGAAUAAACUGAA